AUGGCAAAUAUAUUAGAAAUUCAUGGAAAUGAAAAAACUAUGAACUUGGAUAACAUAUUGUUAUCAAAUAUUCAGUCCUCUUUAUAUUUUAAAAACCUAUAUUCAAAAAAAACAUAUCACGAAGUUUUAGAUGAAAUUAAAAAGAAUGUCGAUUGUUUAUCACCAUACAUCUCAAAUACUAAAAACCCUUCAACAGCAUUUUGUUUAUUAUACAAAUUUUUUUUAAUGAAGUUAACAGUCAAACAAAUGGAGGGAUUAUUAGGUCAAGACUCACCAUAUGCAAGAGGAAUAGGUAUAUUAUAUUUAAGAUAUUCAUAUCCACCCUCAAAGAUUUGGGAAUGGUAUAUAGAUUAUUUAGAUGACCACGAUACAGUAUUAAUUUCAAAGAACUCAGAGGUUACAAUCCAAAAACUAAUGUUGGAUUUAUUAAAAGAAAAUAAAUUCUCUGGUACCAUAUUACCAAGAAUCCCAACCAAAAUACAACAAGAUUUAGAUAAAAAAAUUGAAGAAUACGAAAUUGAAAAUAAUUUAAAUAAACCAAAUAAAAAGUACAAUAAUAAGAGAGAGAAUGAUAGAAACAGAGAGAAUGAUAGAAACAGUAGAGAUAGAGAGAAUGAUAGAAACAAUAAUAAUAACAAUAACUAUAGUAGUGGUGAUCCCUAUAGAGACGAACUAGAGAAGUUUAGGGAUGAAAGAGGCAGAAACAACAAUAGGGACCGUUAUGAUAGAUACAACGACAGAAGAGAAGAUCGUUAUAACGAUAACAGAUAUGGUGACCGUUACAGAGACAACCGUUAUGACGAUAAAAGAAAUGAUCGUUACGAUGACAAAAGAGAUGAUAGAUAUGGUGACCGUUAUGGUGACAGAAGAAAUGAUCGUUACGAUGACAGAAGAGAUGGCCGUUAUGAUGACAGAAGAGAUGGUCGUUAUAGUGACAGAAAAGAUGACCGUUAUGAUGACAGAAGAACAGAUCGUUACGAAGACGACAAAUAUAGUAAAAAAAGAUCAAGAUCAAGAAGCAACAGCAGAGAUAGAGAUCCAAAUUUAACAACAACAACAACCACAACUGCAACAUCUGAUGAUAGACCAAAAGAAGAAUCUGAUAAUCUUAAGAAACUAAGAUUACUGUAUGGUGCAGAAUCAGAUAAAGUUUCUUUAGAUUAA